GCCAAUUCCGCCCAUUUGAACCACCUCAACUUGAAUUAAAUACCCCAAACUUUCCCAGGUGGCAAAUAUGUCAAAUUCUAGAUCAUAAAGAGCAUAGCAUUGCUCUAACUUUAUGGUCGCUCUGGGUAGGAUUCCGGAGGGAUCCUGCUUCUUCCGUUUGAAUAGCCGACACUCCGAUGACGUCGACUGGCGGGGUAACCCCCCAACUUCCGCUUCGAUCGCAAAACAUCACGACUGCUUCACCUCCCUCAGCUCUUUAACCACCUCAAUUGCUUGCUCAAUUGCCAACCCUUUAGUAGCCCCUCGCUUCGAAAUACCCUCAUCCCCUCACCCAUUAAUUACAUCCUCGGCAAAAAUGUCUGGAAUCAGCAAAGCGUGCUGCUCAAUCCCACCCGUCGUAUCCAAAGGAUACCAGGCCAAGGGUGCUUACCAGACCAUCAAUGGCCUGAAGACCUAUGUCACUGGCCCCGAGUCGGCCACCAAGGCCAUUCUCGUGGUGUACGAUAUCUUCGGUUUCUUCGAUCAGACCAUUCAGGGUGCCGAUAUCCUGGCUACCUCGAAUGAGCAGAAAUACCGUGUCUUUAUGCCUGAUUUCCUCGAGGGCAGCCCCGCAGACAUCUCCUGGUACCCCCCGACCACUGAUGAGCACAAGAAGCUCCUCGGCAACUUCUUCUCGACCCAGGCCGCCCCGCCCAAGACCCUGUCCAAGAUCCCCAACAUUGUAGCCGAGGCGAACCAGCUCGCACCCGGCGGUGCCUUCUCGUCUUGGUCCAUCCUGGGCUUCUGCUGGGGUGGCAAGAUUGCUGCGCUAUCGGUGGGUGCCGACAAUAAGCUUUUCAAGGCGGCCGCUCAAGCUCACCCUGCGAUGGUCGACCCCAACGACGCAAAGAACGUGAACGUGCCGUUCGUGAUGUUGGCUUCCAAGGAUGAGCCUGCGAGCGAUGUCUCUGCGUUCAAGGCUAACUUGCAGGUCCCCAAUCACGUCGAGACCUUCUCGACUCAGAUCCACGGCUGGAUGGCUGCUCGCUCGGACCUGGAGGACCCCGAGGUGCGUAAGGAAUACGAGCGUGGCUACAAAACGGUGCUCGAGUUCUUCCACCAGCACUCUUGAUUGUGAAUAGGAAUGGAGACCACAUGGACGGUGGCACCGAACGGGGGUGAAAAAUAAUUUACCUG